AUAUUUAUAUCCAAAGCAAAUGAACUCCAACGGACACUAAGAAACUGCCAUUGAUAUUCAAGGUAACCGUCACAAUUCAAUUCAAGAAUCAACCCAGACACACGCGGGCGCCCGAUCGGGCAGACCGGGGUGACGAAUGAAGGUUGCUCUCGGGCCCGACCGGGCGGUGGUGGCCCGAUCGGGCAGAAAAACAGCGAAAUUUAUCAUCGUUCUCGCGCCCGAUAAGGCGGUGGCUGCCCGAUCGGGCGGCGGAGAUGACUACCAGACCCACUCUCGCGCCCGUUCGGGCGAGUAACACCCAAAUCGGGUGGAGGUGAGGUCUGCAAUUACAGCUUUUACAAACCGAAAGCUGCUCUUUUCACCAUUGUUCUUUUGUUCCUUUUGCUUUAAUAUUCUUACUUAAUUAAUUUACAACACCAUUGCCUAAGUAAAUUAAUUAAUUAUCUUGUCAUUUUGUCUAAAUUCUCAAAAUUAUUUAACACUCUGUACUCUGUAGGUAAAGAUCGAAUUAAUCAGCAAUUGUGUUACAAUGUGCUUUACUUUUCAAGCGCAUCUUUUCUAGUAUACAAUGGGAGAUAUCGAUUAACUUGUUGUAAUACUGUAGUAGUUAUGCUAAUAAAGUCAGAGAUUAGUACUGGUAUAAGUAUUAUCCAAGCAAACCAAGUUAUGUUACAUUGAUACAUAGCGUUAUAUUAUUGUGCUACUAGACCCAACUGUAGGAAUAGAAUCUAGAGCUUUUUGAUACUUUGAAGCAAAGAAUGAAUCUCGAAUUAAAGAUUUCUCUAGUAUAAAUGCAACAUGAGCUUAUUUCUGCACUACUGAACACCAAAACCUGUGGACAUCUAAGCUAUUAUGGUGAUCCAUGAGCGAUUUUUCGCUGUAACUUUGCUGUCUUUACUUGCAAUUUCCUUGGACUGCCAGAGUAUGAUGUUCGUAAGAGGUGAACAGCAAAUGAAGGGGAACUGCACCUAUGUAAUCACUAUAGAGACUAGCUGCAUCAAAGAUGCUGGCACGUCGAAUCAUAUCAGCCUACGAUUUGGAGACUCGAAAAGCUACGACCUUUUAGUACACCCCCUUAAUAGGAGGCACGUAAAAUGGGUGGAUAAAAUGGAUCAGAGUGUCUUAGAUGAUGCGCCGAGGAAACCCUUUCAACCUUGCAGUGUGGAUGAUUUUCAGGUUGAUGGACCCUGUGUGGAUACAGCCAUCUGCUACUUGUAUCUGAAGCUGACAGGAACUGAUAACUGGCGGCCUGGCUUUGCUCAGGUUCGGGUUCUGGAUGAGGCUCGUUUCAACUCAGAUUAUUUCUAUUUUCGCAGUGAUCUCCCUAGGCAUGUCUGGCAUGGCUAUGACUUUUGUGAUAGAGAGGUCACUCGUUUUGGGAUUAGGCACAAAAGAAAAGUUUUCGAUUAAGCUUAUACUGAGUUGCAAAUAGUGUGUUACAAGUAAAGUAACAGGUCAUGCAACAUAGGCUUCAACUUUGCUAUCUACCUUAAAUAUAGAU